GACAACGUCUUGCACGCGUAAAGCAUAACAUUUGAUUAUUUCAUUCGCGUGUCGCUGUCGCAGCCGCUCCUUGGACGUUGGUCACAUAUUGGUUUGGCUAUUACACACGCCGCCAGCCCUCUCUCUCCCUCGUGCUCCCACUCACUACCGUCGAGGCCCACAGCAGCUGUUUGCGCGCGCGUCUGCAACGUCAGUAACCAACGAUCGCACCGUAGUCGUCACCCGUACCGCGGCGUUCCAGGUCCUCUUGCUGCGUUCGGUUGUCCCAUAUGCAACGUAACGCUGAUCCGUUCAAUUAGUCGGUAGUUUUCCCGUGACCCGCUUAUCGAUAACGGCGCUGUCGGUACAUUGCGCGUACGGCUGCAAGCAGCAUUGAUUAAACGUAGACUUCGUCCGAUCCCAAAAAGAAUAAUGCAUCGAGCACAGUCGGUUGUAAAUCAAUUAGUCCCUUGUGUGCCAACAAUUGUUGGCAGACAAAAAUUUGCCACAUGGCUAAUUGGACCUAAAUCUAGAUCUUUCAUAAGAGCAACUCAGUCAUUAACAAUGUCAGAGAAUAAGUAUUCAACUAAUGUUAAUCAAGAGCAAUUUCUUAAUGGUACUUCUGCUUCAUAUAUUGAAGAUAUGUACAAUGCAUGGCUAGCAGAUCCAAAAAGUGUUAAUGUUUCUUGGGAUGCUUUUUUCAAAAAUUGUGAUGCUGGAGCUCCACCUGGUUCAGCAUAUCAAGCACCUCCUUCACUGGCUCCACCAGGAAAAAAUCAAAUGUUAUUAUCUAAUAUAUUACCUUCUAUUCAAAGUACAGCUGCUAUGGGAGGAACAUUUAGUGAAAAAUUGAUUGAUGAUCACUUGGCUGUACAAGCAAUUAUAAGAUCAUAUCAGAUACGAGGACAUCAUAUUGCACGCCUUGAUCCUUUAAAUUUAAGUAAAGAUGACCAAGAUGAUAGACUUCCACAAGAGAUUUUAUAUGGUUGUUAUCCUCCAUUUGGCAAACCACCCGAUAAUACUACAUAUUCUCAACACCUUCAGAAUAAAGUAGCCGAAUUAAUGGAAGAAGCAGAUAUGGAACGAGUGUUCAAAUUACCAUCCACAACAUUUAUUGGAGGAAAAGAAAAUGCAUUACCUUUAAAAGAAAUUUUGAACCGUUUAGAAAAUACCUAUUGUCGAUCAAUUGGCGUAGAAUUCAUGUUUAUUAAUUCAUUAGAACAAUGUAAUUGGAUUAGACAGCGAAUGGAAACACCUGGAAUAAUGGAAAUGGAUAAAGAACAAAAAAGGCGUAUUUUAGCCAGACUCACCAGAGCUACUGGAUUUGAAUCAUUCUUAGCCCGUAAAUGGUCUAGUGAAAAGCGUUUUGGUCUAGAAGGGUGUGAAAUUUUAAUACCAGCUAUGAAACAAGUUAUAGAUAAAUCCACAGAGUAUGGUGUAGAAUCAAUAAUAAUGGGUAUGCCUCAUCGUGGACGAUUGAAUGUUUUAGCAAAUAUUUGCCGUAAACCAUUAAGUCAAAUUUUUACACAAUUUGCUGCUCUAGAAGCUGAAGAUGAUGGAUCAGGUGAUGUCAAAUAUCAUUUAGGUACAUACGUAGAACGUUUGAAUCGAGCUACAAAUAAAAAUGUACGCUUAGCUGUUGUGGCUAAUCCAUCCCACUUAGAAGCUGUAGAUCCAGUGGUGCAAGGAAAAACCAGAGCUGAACAAUUUUAUAAAGGAGAUGGAGAAGGGAAAAAAGUAAUGUCUCUUUUACUUCACGGAGAUGCAGCAUUUUGUGGUCAAGGUGUUGUGUAUGAAACAUUCCAUUUAUCUGACCUUCCUGAUUACACUACCCAUGGAACUAUACAUAUUGUUGUCAAUAAUCAAAUUGGAUUUACUACUGAUCCACGACAUUCUCGAUCAUCACCCUAUUGUACUGAUGUUGCUCGAGUAGUUAAUGCUCCAAUUUUCCAUGUCAACUCAGAUGACCCUGAAGCAGUUAUGCAUGUUUGUAAUAUUGCAGCAGAAUGGAGAAAUGUUUUCCACAAAGAUGUUGUCAUUGAUCUUGUAAGUUAUAGAAGAUAUGGCCAUAAUGAAAUAGAUGAACCUAUGUUCACUCAACCUAUUAUGUACAAAGUGAUAAAAAAUACUCCGCCAGUCUUAGACAAAUAUGCUGAAAAAUUAAUAGAAGAAAAAGUGGUCACCAAAGAAGAAGUUAAGGAUGUUUGGGAUAAAUAUGAUAAAAUUUGUGAAGAUAAUUACUCGGCUUCACGAAAAGAAACACAUAUUAAGUACAAAGAUUGGUUAGAUUCCCCUUGGUCUGGUUUCUUUGAAGGAAAAGAUCCAUUAAAAGCUUCAAAGUCUGGAGUUAAAGAAGAAACAUUAGUACAUAUCGGUAAAAGAUUUUCAUCACCUCCGCCCAAUGCUGCUGAAUUUGUUAUUCAUAGAGGUAUUGAAAGAAUUUUAAAAGCUCGCAUGCAAAUGGUUGAAAAUCGUACAGUUGAUUGGGCAUUAGGAGAAGCAAUGGCAUUUGGAUCUCUUUUGAAAGAUGGUGUUCAUGUGCGAUUAAGUGGACAAGAUGUUGAAAGAGGUACAUUUUCUCAUAGACAUCAUGUGCUUCAUCACCAACUCGUUGACAAAGCUACAUACAGACCAUUGUGUAAUUUAUAUCCUGACCAAGCACCAUAUACUGUAUGCAACAGUUCUUUGUCUGAAUUUGCUGUGUUAGGUUUUGAAUUGGGAUUCUCAAUGACCAAUCCUAAUGCUUUAGUAUGCUGGGAAGCUCAGUUUGGUGAUUUUUGUAAUACUGCUCAAUGUAUUAUUGAUCAGUUUAUUGGUUCUGGACAAGCAAAAUGGGUCCGGCAAUCUGCUCUUGUUAUGUUAUUGCCUCAUGGUCUUGAAGGAAUGGGACCAGAACAUUCAUCAGCUAGAUUAGAAAGAUUCUUGCAAUUGAGUUCUGAUGAUCCAGAUUAUUUCCCUCCAGAAAGUGAUGAAUUUGCUAUUCGGCAAUUACAUGAUGGUAAUUGGAUUGUUGCUAAUUGUACUACUCCUGCUAAUUAUUUCCAUAUCCUUCGUCGUCAAAUUGCUUUGCCAUUCCGGAAACCAUUAGUCAUCAUGACUCCUAAAUCAUUGUUACGUCAUCCUGAAGCUAAAUCUAGUUUUGAUGAAAUGACUGAAGAUACAGACUUUUUGAGAAUAAUCCCAGAAAAAGGUGCUGCUGCUGACAAUGCAUCAAAUGUUAAGCGAUUAAUAUUUUGUUCUGGAAGAGUAUAUUAUGAUUUAACUAAGUCAAGGGAAGAACGUAAUCUUGUUGAUAGUAUUGCUAUUGCUCGAGUUGAACAAAUAUCUCCAUUUCCAUUUGAUUUAAUCAAACAAGAAUGUGCCAAGUAUCCCAAUGCAGAUAUUGUUUGGUCACAGGAAGAACAUAAAAAUCAAGGAUCUUGGCCGUAUGUACAACCUAGGUUCCACACUGUACUGAACAACUCUAAACCUAUUAGGCCUCUUGCUAAAAAUUCUAAAGGAUUUAUUUCACGAAUAUUUUCUUUGCGAUCAAACAACAUUUCAAAAACAAGUUUACCUGAACAGAAAAAUUCUACUCGAAGUAUUAGGUAUUGUGGACGACCAACAGCAGCAUCAACCUCUACAGGUAGUAAAAUGCAACAUUUAAAAGAACUGAAAGCUCUUCUUGAUGAUUCAUUUGCCAUUUAAAUUUUAUUAAAUAAAAUAUAAAGUAUAACAUAAUAUUCAAGUAUGUGGUAGAUGUUAUAAAUCCAAUUAUCUGUAUUCUUACAUUAUGCUUUCUAAUUUAUG